AUGGCACCCCCACCACCAGUCAAUGCCUCCCCCAAUUCGCUGCCGCCAAAGCUGCUAGCCCUGUCUAACCUGGGUGGUAUCGGUCUGAUCAUUGGUGGCUACUUUGGACUGAAAUCGCUGAUGGAAUUGGCGCCUACUGCCUCAAAUACUACUGCUUUGCCUCCCUCGGCUCAGGCGCCAACGCUGGCUCUGCUGUCUGUCCCUACCAUCACCCUGGCCUCAGACCAACCGCGAAAGAUCUCUAAUACCCUGACCAAGCUGCUGCUGCUGCUAGACUACGCUCAACCAGCACCGGUGGGUAAGAAGUUCCACCAUCGCCAAGAUCUGGGGCUGCUGGUUACACUGGUGGGCCUGGGAACUGAGGCAUCACUGAGAGAUAAACGGUUUGCUCUUUACGCAAUGACGGGAGCGCUGCUGGGCUCGCAAUGGCUGAUUGCCAACGUCGUACGCUGGCUCGAUUAUAACAACUUCAAUCCGCUGUGGAAGGAAGCGUUCCGCCGCAAUGCAAUACUGGGUAAUCGGUUUUUGGAAUUGGCCAAUUUUGACCCGCAAUCGCAUGUGUGGCAGCAAUUCAGCAACUAUCUUGAGCUUGAUAAUGGCGAUAAUCUGAUCGAACGGUUUAUUGAGUUGUUGAACGAGACUACGGCGCCUCCCGCUGAGGAAGGACCUCCGGCUAAGCUUGAACACCGCAAACUGACUCCGUUGGGACCUACAGCUUAUGCACCAGCUCCACUUAAUCGGCCCAUCUCCUACAUCGAUCCUAAUUACUACCGCCAGCAGCACGCUCCUCAGAACUCGUCUCCUUUGCUUACACCGACAAACCCACACAAGUUCUUCCGCAAACACGAGCUCCACCAGAACUAUAUCCUGCCGCAUGCCAAAGCUAAUCGUCUGAACCUGAUGGAGAAUAUCUCGGUGAAGAAAGACCUGCGCAAGUCUGGUAUAUUUAAUAUGGUAAGAGGGAAACUCUCAAGCAAAGACCACCUGUUCUCGACUACUCAUUUGUCGACGAAUGUGGCUAAUUAUACUGUACAACAACCAGUGCCUAAACUGGUGGAAGUGCGCCGGGGAGCGCUGCCGCUGCCAAUCCGCCGCCUGCUUGAGCUGGAAAUCCUGCCAUUUGAUAGCACUCCUCGCAAACAACCGCCUCCGCCGCCUCCUCCACCUGCUGAUACUGUACCUCCACCGCCGGUACCCUCGGUUCCCCCGCCACCGAAACCGACUCUUGUGCCGCCAGUACCGCCUCCAGUACCGUCUAUCCCGCCACCAUCGUUAUUUGCCGAACACGGAGUGCCUCCUUUACCCACUGAGGCUCCACCGUCGCCACCGAAACCGCCAUCAGCAGGGGUGAUAUCUUCCCCUCGAGGUGACCGCAUUCUCGAUGAAAAGUACUGGCCAAAGAAAGACCUGAUGUUCCACCACUCGAAAGUGAUCCUUGUCUCUCGGGAUAACCUGACGUUCGUCCCUGUAGCGGUACCUCCCGAUGAGCUUCACCUGGGUCCGAUGAUUAAAGAACUCAUUUCCAAGGCGCUUCAACUACCACUGGCUCCGUUUACCGUCCAUUUAACCGAUUUCUAUGCUCGUGAAGGUAACGCAUUGCCUGAGCCUGUACUCUUAGAAGUGGUACGAGGAAUGAACUUAGUGAAGCUUAUGGUGAAACUGGAGGCGGGGCUGCCGAGUGUCAACACCUACCUGACCAAUUCACUGGACCUGCGGCUGUUUGAGAUUAAAGGUGAUAACGACAAGAUCUACCCCGCCACUCCUCAGUACUUGCUUCAACGGCCUCAGGAGGCUCCCGUUACUGAUUACUGGAAUUGUAAGGACCCGUUAGAGACUGGAGCUUCGGUACAACUGCCUCCAGAACCACUGAAAGCUCACUACUUCCCAUUACGACUUCCGGUACCCACUGCUACUCCAGGGGCAUCCUCCACUCCUAAGAAGGCCGCAGAACCGCCCAACCUACAGAUCAAUACUCAGGACCCGCCUCAGUCUCGUUCAUUGCCGCCUUCAUCUACAUUACCGCCGCCGCUGACAACAUCACAACCAGCGCUGUUCCGGGUGAUUCGCCGCGAAGAGGGCCGUGAAAUCGAUUUUGAUAAGCGCCGCAAGUCGCUGGUGGAGGCUAAGGCACCGAAAUUGAUCCCUAACAUCUACACAUCGUCGCUCCAAACCGACCUGAUCCGCCUGCCAGUGCUGGCACUGACAAUACAAACGGCCAAGGACGACGGCAAUAAGCUUCCCUUGGUACCCACACCCGACCAGCCGCGUGCCCCAUUAUUGCCUGAUGUUAAACUGACCCUGCCCCAGCCUGUAGGCGGUAGUGUUACCCGUCUGGUUUCUAGUCUGCGCUCGGGUCUGCGUCCUGGUCUGCGUAAUCUGGAAUUGCGCCGCCAGGGGCUGACGGGGAGUGCCAUCAUUGCUAAGAGACUGGCACCACCACCACCUGACCGCCAACUGCUGGUGCUGAGACUGCUGAGAGUGCUGAUGCUGCGCCAACUGCUGCUUAACCGUAUCCCUAUUCUGAGACUGGCAUCGCGUCGUCUGGAGCUGUUCUCAUUCAAAGAGAACCUGAUUUCGUUUGCUGAUGCUCCGGCGUUCUCUGACAGCGGCUCCGAUGACUUCUUUGCCAAACCGUUGGAUAGUCAACUGAGUGAUACCGAUUUCUUCGCUAAACCGAUGCCGCAACAGAAACAACAACAACGAGCCGUUAGUGAUGGUGACUUCUUUGCCAAGCCAAUCAAGAAACCACCACCUCCUCCUCCUCCUCCAACAGCAGGGAAUGACGACGAGUUCUUCAUGAAACGGAUGCCGGCGAAGCCUAAGCCCAACAUGAACUUGUUGCGUCCACCAGCGGAGGAAGUGUUUGACAACUUGGAGAAGUACUUCCCUAACACCAACCUCGAUAAACCGAUCAUUGAGGAGAGAAGAGUUGAUGACGAUGCUAAGCACCAGGCUCAAGGUAUUGCCAAGACAUUCUCUAGUGCCAAUUUGCCGCUGCCGCAAGCCCUGACAGUACCUAAUGAUGAUGGUGACGUCUACUAUAACACUGCCAUUGAAAACAAGCCCAUGCGGCGGAUGAAGACCAUCAGAGGCGUGGCCAUCGAAGCGCGUACCCGGUUGCUUGCUGGUAAACGGGCGCCUCCAGUGCCUCACUCCGUUGACAACCUGGCAGAGAAUCUGUGGGUGCUGACACCACCGCCUCAAUUUAAUUUGGGACGGCUGAAGACGAAGAUGUGGGGUCAACGGGUGACUGAAGUGACUCUGAGUGAAAUUGAACGAGGCGUGGUGCUGAAUAUUCAGGGUAAGAACGGGCUGUUUGACCGAUUUGUAUGGAUUAAAGGUGAGCUUAUUGGUCGUGGUUCAUUUGGUUGUGUCUAUCUUGGGUUUAACGUUACCACUGGUGAAAUGUUGGCUGUGAAACAAGUGGAAGCCCAAGUGGACCACCGCUCCAAGACGAUGCUGAACCAUGGCGGGAUCUUGGCGUUGCACAAAGAAGUGGAAACAAUGAAGGAUUUAGUGCACGAUAAUAUCGUCCAGUACCUUGGCUACGAACAAAAGGGAAACUUAUACAAUAUGUUCCUUGAAUACGUAUCAGGGGGACUGGUGCUGGCCAUUCUCAAACAGUUUGGUAAGUUUGACGAAGGCCUUAUUCGCCAUAUCACCCGCCAGGUGUUGAUGGGGCUCCAAUACAUUCACAGCAAUGGCAUUUUGCACCGGGAUAUGAAGGCUGACAACUUAUUAUUGGAAGUGGACGGCACGUGUAAGAUCUCCGAUUUCGGUAUCUCCAAGCGGUCGAAGGAUAUUUACUCCAAUAAUGCCGAAAUGUCGAUGCAGGGCACGGUGUUCUGGAUGGCUCCCGAAGUGAUUGACUCGAUUGUCGAGGACAAAAAGCAGGGGUACCUGGCCAAGGUGGAUAUCUGGUCACUUGGAUGUGUUCUACUUGAGAUGUACGCCGGCCACCGCCCUUGGCUGAAUGAAGCCGUGGUCAGUGCCAUCUACAAAAUUGGUAAAACCAAGCUUGCUCCUCCCAUCCCCGGUAAUAUCGAGAUCUCUCAAGAAGCCCGCGAGUUCAUCGCUGCCUGUUUUACCAUUGAUCCCAACCUUAGACCCACGGCCCUGGAGUUGUUAAAACACCCGUUUAUGGCUGAAGACCCAUCUUUCCGCUUUGCCGAUACUCGCCUUGCAAAAGAGAUUUUACAAGCUACUCGCAAAAAGGGACUUGUCCGACAAUAA